AUGGCGGCCGCUGAGAUCAACGCGAAUGUGCGCAGCUUCACAUCCAUCGGUCAAGCGCAAGCAAGCGCGACUUGCCGCCUUCUCGACCUGGCGCCAGAGCUCCGCAAUGAAAUCUACGAACGCGCCUUCUCCUGCAAUGGCGAGAGGAUCGAUCUGAACAGAAGACAGCGAAACUGCUUCUCACCAGCUUUGCUCCUCACCUGUCGUCAAGUCUAUCAGGAAGCCGCAGCACUCUUCCGUGAUACUGUCUACGACCACUACACGACCAAGGAAUUUCGGAUCACCCUUCAUAGCAAAGACACACCUUAUCGCACACUUCGUCGAAUUGCAACGCGCUACAAGCUGCAGAACAUAAGUUAUCUCGAGCUCAAUCUUGUGUUCGGUUCGCAUGAGACCCCGAACCCCAGGCGAGCGUGGUUCACAUUGCAACCAGAUCGCGUGACUUGGAAGUUCGAGCCAGUAAGAUGCGCGGGUACGGUAAGGUACUAUCUGCCUCUGAAAAUCACAAAUGAUGGGCCAGCAACUCGUGAGCUUCAAGGGAUGGGCCCGGCCUGGCGUAACCACGUCGUGAAGCAUCUGCUGGGGCGGCCAAACAGCCCAAUUCAGACCAACAUCCAGAGACAGGUGGAGGCUUUGCUUACGACAUUCUCCAUCCCGGAUAGAGGAUGA